AUGGCUGCAGAGUUCAUGAUGGGAGAUAUUAAGGAUAUUAGAGAUCAAACCAUUAUAUUUUCAGGGUUGGAUUGUUGUAAUCCCAGUUCUAAUCCUAGUUCUCAUCCUAGUUCUAAUCCAAUUUCUAAUCCCAGUUCUAAUCCCAGUUCUAAUCCCAGUUCUAGUCCCAGUUCUAAUCCCAUUUCUAAUCCUAGUUCUAAUCUUAGUUCUAAUCCUAGUUCUUUCUAUUCUAAUCCCAGUUCUACUCCCAGUUCUAAUCCCAGUUCUAGUCCCAGUUCUAAUCCCAUUUCUAAUCCUAGUUCUAAUCCUAGUUCU